CCCCCCUGCCUCCCUGUUUAUUCCCAUCACCCCCAUUUUUUCCACUUUCUACAACUAACAUUAAAUAGAUUACAGGGGAUUCACUUAUUUAAAGACCUGAGCAAAAGCUCUGCCAUGUAUUUCUGGAUCCUCCAAGAAUAACACAACAACAGCGACUGCGCUUGAGGCACCAGAGGGAUCUAAUUGAAGGACGUGCUGCACAGAGACGCUCCUGUCCACCAUGUCUCUCAGGCUCCUGCCUGCAUUUACUAUGGACAAUGACGAUGACGACGAUGGUAACUUUACAAAAUGGAUGAGUAGUUACUGGGGUCACGGAGCAGAGGGUGGACACUCCAGAGAAAGAAAACACAGCUUCAGAAGACCUGCAAGAACACAAGGUGAUCGAAGAGCAUCACUCCCAACUGUGUCACAGUUGGACGCCAUGAAGUUGAGCAGGCUCCAUGCAGCGGCGAUGGCGCCCUCUCCCAGCCACAUCAAGACAAGAGAGGAGAAGGCGGAGGUCCGACCCCACCAGAGGGCUCGCCGUGCCUCCUCAGACGACAACAGUCGCCAAAAGAACACCAUCCCAGAGAACCGUAUCACCACCAUCCCGGAGCUCACAGAGUCCUUCGAGAAGAGACUUUGUGUCCAUGAUAAGAGGGCCGUGUCUCUGAACGGUGAUGAGAGGUUGUGUCUGAUCUGUCAUGAGGAUAUGCGUACGAACGGAGGCGUACAGGAGCUGCACUGCACACACCGCUUCCACAAAGAGGCGGCCCGCAGGUUAGAGCAGUGUCGGCCCCACAGCAGCGGCAAAGAGGCAGCAGCUUCUCAGGCGAGGAGACUCUCGGACGAGAGGAGGAAGUCGGCAGACGGCCCAAUCUACAUGGAGAAGGAGCAGCAGACACUCCUCCGUCAACUUUCCCUGCGGAGACAUCGCUGAUAUUGUUCAGUGGAAGGAGGUGAAGAACAAGAUGGAAGAUGUGAACCCAUGGCCUAAUCAUCAGGCUUAUCUCCUGUACUUUUACUACUGUAUGGUGUGAGACUGGUGGUUCAGCUGAUCAAGUCCCAGGGCCUUGACUUUGUCUGACCUGAUCCUGUGAAGCUGCCCCAUGGGCCCCAUUGCUGUGUCUGCUGUCAUUACGACUCUUUCUCCCCAGUGUCAAAAUCCAAAACGAGGAGGAUUCAGAAUAUGUGAAUGAAGCAUAAUAAUUUGGUGGAAUUUCUUCGAUUGUUUUAUCAGAAAAACUGAAGUAGGGGUUUGUGAAAUUAUCAGUACUUGAAGUUUCCUGCUUAUACUACUUACACACUUAUUCCAUAUAAAAUAUUUGCUUCAUUCACAAUGGUCCUAUAUGUUCAGCCAUGACACAGUUAGCUACUAGGUGACAAUCGAUCCGAUAUCUUUCUGUUUCACUCAUCUGAUGGUCUUAUUACUACACAAGGAGGAUGUUUUCAACUUGUAAGGGGUAAAAAAAAUCCUAUAAUAUUUUAUUUGGCAUAUUCAGUAGAUGUUUAUGUACAAUAGAGUCUGAGGACUUGUAGGAAGAAGUGCAAUCUUUUGUUUGCCGUGUAUUUUUGUGUUCAGUCAUAAUUCAAAUGUUGUAUUCUGUGUCGUGACAGAAAUAAAAAAAAAUUCAAUAAAUAACCAAAGAAAUUAAAAAGUACUUUGGAUUUUAUCAGCUUUACAACUUUUUGACAAUAGAUUAAAAAACAUGUGACAUAGAGUCCUCACAGUUCAGGGUCAGGUCAGCGUCGAGCCUGCAUGUGGUGCAUGCGCUUACUGUAGGUCAACGUGUUGGAAAUUACCUCCUGGCUUCAGUGAGGGAAAUCGAUGCCUGUGUAAAUCCUUAACAUUCAGCUUGGGUGAAAAUUAGUUUCAACAGAUGUGACAAUAAUGUCAUUUAAAAUGUGUUUCAGUGCAUGGAGCAGUGGCUGUGGAAGAAACAGACGUGUCCUACAUGUCGUGUCCAUGUGUCAAUGCCCCAGCCCCUCUACUGGUCAUCGUCCCGCACCAAUGUCCCAUGACGGUCCCUGCCAUGAACGCAUGCCUGCAUGAGACCCACUGACCCCAUAACCUCCACCACACCCCAGUCCUUCUGCCUAAACCUCUGGGAUGAAUAACUGCAUGAGGGUUUCAUUACAUUAGUACUUUAGAGGGAAACUUAUUUCAGUUCUUCUGUCAGGUGAGGGCACUGGGCACUCUUUCAAAGUUAAUACAAUAGUAAAAUAUUGUAAUUUAAGCUCAGACUUUUUAUGAUAUAAAUGUGAGAGGUUUUUACUGUUUCUCAUCAAUGUCUGGAGACAUUCUGAACAAUGUGUUGUAUUUGUUUUAAGCUAAAAUACGGUGGCCCUGAGAGCUCAACGCACUGCAACUUAAGA